GUGUUCGCUUUGCGAAUGGAAAUGCACGGCAAUCGCGGGAUCCAUCUGAAGUUGUCGCUUCCGGUUCCCCAUUACAAUUAUCUUUGGUUUUCCACUUUUCACUUCUACAGUUUUACAUCCACUACUACCGGCCGUGCAUUGUUUUCAUUCCUACCAUUGUACGCAACACCAAUCUCUUCACAAGCUGCAAAAUUAACCUUUCGUCGCAUAAUAAUCGGUGGAUAUGCUUGUGCGCUGAAUCCCCAGUCAAUGGAGCCUGAUUAUUGCCAAAACCCGACACCCGUCUAUUUUAUGGGCGGAAGUGCUGUCAUGAUGUCCUUGUUCUAUCUUAUAAUGUCAAAGAUGAAAGCGCACAAAAAUUCCCCUGCUGUCUACAAUCAUGGAUUUAUUUUGUUUCUUUUCCUUGGACUUGCCGUAUGCGCCAGAACAUUUUAUGCGACGCAUGGAAAUCCUAUUGAGGAUAUUUACAAGGAUAUUCUGUCACAUGCAAAAUAUAUUGACAAGGAUGAGAAAAACCAUAUGUCUGCUCUGAUCUCCCAGGCACUUCAUGGUGACGCUACCGAAUCCAUAUCGGAUCAUGUGUUGACUUGGUCGAAAGCGUUGUCUGGAUUUGGUCACACUCAUCAGAAUAAACACCAAGCGUGGGCUGCUAUGAAGGGAAUGUCCCAAGAAAAAGCAACUGAUGAACUCCGCUCCCGUGCAUGCAGUGUCUUGCGACAAGUGCAUUCAAUUAUUGAAAAGGAACCCGGCGUAACACCGCAAUAAUUAAUUAUUCUUCCUUGAUCGUCUGGUAUUUAUUGUACCCUGUACUAAAAGUAAAUCGCUCCCCCCAUGGCCAUUCUUUGACCUAUUUUACUUCCUGUGAACAGCUAUUUUAUACGAUGGACAAUAAGAAUCAGAAAUGUUAAUUUGAGACAGUCGUGAUUCGUAAAACAAACUGACUGUUGGCUACGCAGUAAUACACACUGCC